AUGUUCUCUACAUCUUCUUCUUCAGCAAUAACAGAAUCAAUAAUAGAAACAACUGAUAAUAGUAACGAAGUAAAAGGUAAACAAGAGUGGGUUAAACAAAUGAGACUAAAAUUUAGUAUAAGACCUGAUUUGGAAAUUACAAAAAAUAUCGUCUAUUCUGAUGGAACAUUAAACCAAGACUAUUUUCCUUUAGAAAUUGUUCAAUAG